ACAACGUGGUCGCCCUGGACGUCGCCUUCUGCACAAACAUCGUGUAGCUUUGACUAUGGAUUGUGUUAUGGAUGGCGUCAGUCUCGCUCAGACGUAUUUGACUGGACACUGCGAAACGGAAGUACUCCAUCUUUUAAUACGGGGCCUUCAUCAGAUCACACGACUGGAAACGGUACAUACACUAACACUGUAAAUGAUUUCACAAUAUCUGCAUGUUAUCAGUCAACUGUCAAAGCUACCACGCCAUUAAGACCCUCGUAAAUGAGACCUUACUAUGCUGGUGUAUUGGUAAAUCUGGGCAGAAAGUUACUCCAAGAUCUAAGCCAAUGUCGUUAUGAACAUCACUAUAAUUAUUUGUCAAUCGUAUUAAUUUGUUUUGCUCUUUAUGCAGUAUAUUCCAGGCAUUAAAGAACUAUUACAAAUAACUGUCUUGAAACUGACAGCAUUUUCAUACCCAGUUUGCUUAUUUAUGUAUACGGCAAUAACACUGAGAAUUACAUUAUUUAAAUGACGUUUAUGAACCGAGUCAUUGAAAAACCUCGUUCUGUCAGGACAAUUUUUUUAAAAAUAUGUUGUGGAAGAGGAGGUGGUACAAAAGGGGAGGGGCUGGUGGUGGUAGCGAAAUAAGAAGGCGGUUAGCUAUUCUUGUUUUGUCUGAGGAGAGAAAGACUGAUUGUCUGGCAUGAAGGCCUACAGAUGUAAGUGACAAUAAUUUUAUUGACUUUGUACCUUACUUUGAUUGGUGUGUAUGGGAGAAGCUUAAAAGAGACUGAGUACGUUUUUUUUUUUUUUUUUUUUUUUUUUUUUUCGAAAAGUGUGUUUUGUGUUAAGAGAGGGAAUUGCUUAAUAGAUAAUUUACAUUCUCAUAUUUUCAUCAUUACCAAUAUCAAUAACAUCAUAAUGCUCUUGCAGGUUACUACAUGUAUAUAGACACGUCGUUACCUAGGCAACAAGGUGACAACGCAAAACUUCAAGUGACUGUUCCUGGAAAUGGCGCAGCAGCUUGUCUCGUUUUUUAUUAUCACAUGUAUGGUGUUACGAUAGGGACUCUUAAUGUUUACAGCGGGAAUGAGCUGGUUUUCAAUGUAUCUGGGAAUCAGAGUAACCACUGGAUACGAGGAAAUGAAACAAUUUAUUUGCGACACAGUGUAAGUUUAAUGAGUUCGAUUCUCAAGAAAACGCGAUCGUUGGUAUUGAUUAAAUUUCAGAAAUCCCUGAAAAGCUCGAGAGAUCAUUUGAAAAUCCUAAGCACGUAAAAGGAUAUCUAUCAAAUGAUCUUGCCAAACCGUCCCACGAUACUUUUAAAGAUCCUUUUUGCUUUAUUCGCUCAAAACAUAGGCUAUUUGCAUGCAUGAUAACGUCAUUUCACUACUAUGACCGGCAUCCUUCAGGGUUUUGCUUUCUUGUGCAAAUUAGCGGUUUUGUUAUUGAAACCUCUCUGGGAUUACAAAAUUAAAAUAUUAAGGAAAAACGUAAAGGAUUCUGGUCGUAGAGGUAAAACGACGUAAUCGUGCAAAUGGCCUAUUGAAAUUAUGAGAAAGAUUAUAAUCGUUCAGUCACUGACACGGGUGGCUUUGAGGAAAAAGUCCCAGUACUUCCCGGCAUUAAAAGUCAACCGCGACCCUAUGACCCUUUGUUACUGGUCCAGGUGCUGUACCACUUAGCUACAGGAGGCCAAGGCCACUAAACUAGGUUCAUGUGACAAACGUCCUGCAUACUACUAGGGCUAACUUAAAUCUACUUUAAUUAUAGAUAACCUUCGAAGGUAUUGCGGGGUCUUCAAGUACAGGAGAUAUAGCUAUCGAUGAUGUGGCAAUCACCAGUGGAAGCUGUAAUAGUCCGACCGUGCUGCCGACAAACGAAAGCAGUGAAAGUAAAUAGUUCUCUUGUUCAUUAGACGUUAAAAUACUCGGUACAUAUUUCGUUUAAAGCUAAGGUGAAGAACAAAAGCACAACAUUAUCUUCAACACGAGAGGCAGCUCUAUGGCUGAGUGGCUAUUGCUUUUUAGUGUAAUCUGGCAGUCCCGGGUUCUAAUCUCGCUCCGACUGCUAACUGGAUUUAUUUUUAGGCCAUACCGAAUUCAAAUCCCCGGCCUCGAUUCCAAUUGCCAAUUGUUGUCGCUGUUGCUGUUGCUGUCUUUGUUUUGAUCCUCAUAUUUGCUUUUCAGAUAAUUUCUAUUAGUUUAAUUAUUUUAACGGGGUGCUUGUUAGCUAGCUGGAAAGCUAAGUGCAUUCUCACCAUGAAUAAACCCCAAGAGAGAAUGAGCUUGAUAAAUCUUAUUACUGUUUCAAAGUUAUUGAAAUUCGGCAAUUAUGGGACGAAUUUCUCCAGUCCAGAUUUUUGCGUGCCAUUCGCCCAAACUGUGGACCAACCGGUUUGUUGAUGUAAAUGGUAAAAACCCUAUGUAUAGCCAACAAGUUCAUUCCUUCCGUUUGGGGUUCUAAAUUAGCACAACUUUACUUGUGGUUAAUUCGUUUUCCUUUUCAGUUUCUGCUUCCCUAACUAUGCAGCCUACAAAAAUAUACGUGGUUGCGCUAAGCAAUAUUGGAGAAAAAAAUUAGCACUAUUUCAAGAAAUUUUAGCAAAAAUUAUUUUUGUUGUGUUUAAUUUUUUUACUCGCUCCUUUUGAUUUCGCGAUUUUGCUUGAUGCAUGGUCUUAUGCAUCGAAAGACUGUGGCCAUGAAAAGGGUUGUUUAGUUUGAAUGUGGCGUCUGAAUUUAGUGAUUUAUCAGUCUGUAGGAGCCCGUUGAGUGAUUGAUAUGCAAAAUAAAUUGUAAGGUUCAUCCAGACCUGCUGAUAAUUCAUUAAGAAUGUGGAUAUUUAAGGGGAGACUUUGCAUCAAUAAAACCGACUCCAAACAUAAUGGUCAAUUCUGUUGUUAUUCGAGACUAUGUUCAGGCAUUGAAUGUUUCUUCCGGUUUGUUGUUACGGAUGGCAAGUAAAGACAUAAUCAUAAGAAAAAAAAUGCUACGCCUGCAAAAAUCACCAAAAGGUUAUUACAGUUAGUGCGUCCCAAGGGCGGAGCUCUCUCUCGCGCGCGCAGCGGAGCACCAUGGGUAACAAAAUUUGGUAAUCUAUGCAUCCAAGAAAUUUCGGUUCUGAGAAAAUCGUCCGUAUGGGGUACGUCCGUACUCAGGUUCACCCCUUCAUGUAAGCCGGGAUGAAACUUUGCAUUUCAAGCAGCCACUCGUUUCGGCGGUAAAUCGCAUAGCUUCACGGUCUUUUAGAGAUAAAAACAACAACAAUAAUAAUAAUAAUAACUUUAUUUGUAUAGCGGUAUAUACAAAAGCUCUAUAUUGCUUUACAUCAAAAAAAAAAAGAAAAUAACUAACAAUAGCACUAAAACAAAAAGUCAAUUGAAAGCGAGUCUAAAAAGAUAAGUUUUCAAUCUAGAUUUAAAAACAUCAACUGAUUCACUUAAUUUAAUGUUUAAGGGAAUAUCAUUCCAGUGCUUUGGGGCAGCGACCGAAAAGACCCUGUCCCCAUAGCUCUUCAGGCGCACAUUCGGUACUUCUAAUAAAUGAAACAACAAAAGCCGGUUCUUUCUUUCGACUUAAGGUGACUCGACCCAGUUUCUUGGGGGGUACCAUCCUCCUUUGAAGCUUUCUGGUAUCCCCACCUUUACUUUUAUCGUAAGUAUAAGUACAAUUUAGGGCCUUGUAAAUGCGCGCGAUUUCGAGCAAAGCAAACAUAUAGAAAUUAUAGUUUUCGCUAUUUGUUGACGUUUGUCAGCGUUUAAGAGUCAAUCUCACGAAAAAAGCAUUUUCUUAAAAAACGGGUUGGGAAAUUUUGCUGUGAUUUUGUUUGUAUAUUCGCUACCGCCUGAAUUUAAAGUCGGGAAACGUUAAAAGAAUAUACAACUUGUCUAUACCAACAGCACCACCAACUUCUGUUCCAUGGACAACGUGGUCGCCCUGGACGUCGCCUUCUGCACAAACAUCGUGUAGCUUUGACUAUGGAUUGUGUUAUGGAUGGCGUCAGUCUCGCUCAGACGUAUUUGACUGGACACUGCGAAACGGAAGUACUCCAUCUUUUAAUACGGGGCCUUCAUCAGAUCACACGACUGGAAACGGUACAUACACUAACACUGUAAAUGAUUUCACAAUAUCUGCAUGUUAUCAGUCAACUGUCAAAGCUACCACGCCAUUAAGACCCUCGUAAAUGAGACCUUACUAUGCUGGUGUAUUGGUAAAUCUGGGCAGAAAGUUACUCCAAGAUCUAAGCCAAUGUCGUUAUGAACAUCACUAUAAUUAUUUGUCAAUCGUAUUAAUUUGUUUUGCUCUUUAUGCAGUAUAUUCCAGGCAUUAAAGAACUAUUACAAAUAACUGUCUUGAAACUGACAGCAUUUUCAUACCCAGUUUGCUUAUUUAUGUAUACGGCAAUAACACUGAGAAUUACAUUAUUUAAAUGACGUUUAUGAACCGAGUCAUUGAAAAACCUCGUUCUGUCAGGACAAUUUUUUUUAAAAAUAUGUUGUGGGAGAGGAGAAGGUGGUACAAAAGGGAGGGGCUGGUGGUGGUAGCGAAAUAAGAAGGCGGUUAGCUAUUCUUGUUUUGUCUGAGGAGAGAAAGACUGAUUGUCUGGCAUGAAGGCCUACAGAUGUAAGUGACAAUAAUUUUAUUGACUUUGUACCUUACUUUGAUUGGUGUGUAUGGGAGAAGCUUAAAAGAGACUGAGUACGUUUUUUUUUUUUUUUUUUUUUCGAAAAGUGUGUUUUGUGUUAAGAGAGGGAAUUGCUUAAUAGAUAAUUUACAUUCUCAUAUUUUCAUCAUUACCAAUAUCAAUAACAUCAUAAUGCUCUUGCAGGUUACUACAUGUAUAUAGACACGUCGUUACCUAGGCAACAAGGUGACAACGCAAAACUUCAAGUGACUGUUCCUGGAAAUGGCGCAGCAGCUUGUCUCGUUUUUUAUUAUCACAUGUAUGGUGUUACGAUAGGGACUCUUAAUGUUUACAGCGGGAAUGAGCUGGUUUUCAAUGUAUCUGGGAAUCAGAGUAACCACUGGAUACGAGGAAAUGAAACAAUUUAUUUGCGACACAGUGUAAGUUUAAUGAGUUCGAUUCUCAAGAAAACGCGAUCGUUGGUAUUGAUUAAAUUUCAGAAAUCCCUGAAAAGCUCGAGAGAUCAUUUGAAAAUCCUAAGCACGUAAAAGGAUAUCUAUCAAAUGAUCUUGCCAAACCGUCCCACGAUACUUUUAAAGAUCCUUUUUGCUUUAUUCGCUCAAAACAUAGGCUAUUUGCAUGCAUGAUAACGUCAUUUCACUACUAUGACCGGCAUCCUUCAGGGUUUUGCUUUCUUGUGCAAAUUAGCGGUUUUGUUAUUGAAACCUCUCUGGGAUUACAAAAUUAAAAUAUUAAGGAAAAACGUAAAGGAUUCUGGUCGUAGAGGUAAAACGACGUAAUCGUGCAAAUGGCCUAUUGAAAUUAUGAGAAAGAUUAUAAUCGUUCAGUCACUGACACGGGUGGCUUUGAGGAAAAAGUCCCAGUACUUCCCGGCAUUAAAAGUCAACCGCGACCCUAUGACCCUUUGUUACUGGUCCAGGUGCUGUACCACUUAGCUACAGGAGGCCAAGGCCACUAAACUAGGUUCAUGUGACAAACGUCCUGCAUACUACUAGGGCUAACUUAAAUCUACUUUAAUUAUAGAUAACCUUCGAAGGUAUUGCGGGGUCUUCAAGUACAGGAGAUAUAGCUAUCGAUGAUGUGGCAAUCACCAGUGGAAGCUGUAAUAGUCCGACCGUGCUGCCGACAAACGAAAGCAGUGAAAGUAAAUAGUUCUCUUGUUCAUUAGACGUUAAAAUACUCGGUACAUAUUUCGUUUAAAGCUAAGGUGAAGAACAAAAGCACAACAUUAUCUUCAACACGAGAGGCAGCUCUAUGGCUGAGUGGCUAUUGCUUUUUUAGUGUAAUCUGGCAGUCCCGGGUUCUAAUCUCGCUCCGACUGCUAACUGGAUUUAUUUUUAGGCCAUACCGAAUUCAAAUCCCCGGCCUCGAUUCCAAUUGCCAAUUGUUGUCGCUGUUGCUGUUGCUGUCUUUGUUUUGAUCCUCAUAUUUGCUUUUCAGAUAAUUUCUAUUAGUUUAAUUAUUUUAACGGGGUGCUUGUUAGCUAGCUGGAAAGCUAAGUGCAUUCUCACCAUGAAUAAACCCCAAGAGAGAAUGAGCUUGAUAAAUCUUAUUACUGUUUCAAAGUUAUUGAAAUUCGGCAAUUAUGGGACGAAUUUCUCCAGUCCAGAUUUUUGCGUGCCAUUCGCCCAAACUGUGGACCAACCGGUUUGUUGAUGUAAAUGGUAAAAAACCCUAUGUAUAGCCAACAAGUUCAUUCCUUCCGUUUGGGGUUCUAAAUUAGCACAACUUUACUUGUGGUUAAUUCGUUUUCCUUUUCAGUUUCUGCUUCCCUAACUAUGCAGCCUACAAAAAAUAUACGUGGUUGCGCUAAGCAAUAUUGGAGAAAAAAAUUAGCACUAUUUCAAGAAAUUUUAGCAAAAAUUAUUUUUGUUGUGUUUAAUUUUUACUCGCUCCUUUUGAUUUCGCGAUUUUGCUUGAUGCAUGGUCUUAUGCAUCGAAAGACUGUGGCCAUGAAAAGGGUUGUUUAGUUUGAAUGUGGCGUCUGAAUUUAGUGAUUUAUCAGUCUGUAGGAGCCCGUUGAGUGAUUGAUAUGCAAAAUAAAUUGUAAGGUUCAUCCAGACCUGCUGAUAAUUCAUUAAGAAUGUGGAUAUUUAAGGGGAGACUUUGCAUCAAUAAAACCGACUCCAAACAUAAUGGUCAAUUCUGUUGUUAUUCGAGACUAUGUUCAGGCAUUGAAUGUUUCUUCCGGUUUGUUGUUACGGAUGGCAAGUAAAGACAUAAUCAUAAGAAAAAAUGCUACGCCUGCAAAAAUCACCAAAAGGUUAUUACAGUUAGUGCGUCCCAAGGGCGGAGCUCUCUCUCGCGCGCGCAGCGGAGCACCAUGGGUAACAAAAUUUGGUAAUCUAUGCAUCCAAGAAAUUUCGGUUCUGAGAAAAUCGUCCGUAUGGGGUACGUCCGUACUCAGGUUCACCCCUUCAUGUAAGCCGGGAUGAAACUUUGCAUUUCAAGCAGCCACUCGUUUCGGCGGUAAAUCGCAUAGCUUCACGGUCUUUUAGAGAUAAAAACAACAACAAUAAUAAUAAUAAUAACUUUAUUUGUAUAGCGGUAUAUACAAAAGCUCUAUAUUGCUUUACAUUCAAAAAAGAAAAUAACUAACAAUAGCACUAAAAUAAAAAGUCAAUUGAAAGCGAGUCUAAAAAGAUAAGUUUUCAAUCUAGAUUUAAAAACAUCAACUGAUUCACUUAAUUUAAUGUUUAAGGGAAUAUCAUUCCAGUGCUUUGGGGCAGCGACCGAAAAGACCCUGUCCCCAUAGCUCUUCAGGCGCACAUUCGGUACUUCUAAUAAAUGAAACAACAAAAGCCGGUUCUUUCUUUCGACUUAAGGUGACUCGACCCAGUUUCUUGGGGGGUACCAUCCUCCUUUGAAGCUUUCUGGUAUUCCCACCUUUACUUUUAUCGUAAGUAUAAGUACAAUUUAGGGCCUUGUAAAUGCGCGCGAUUUCGAGCAAAGCAAACAUAUAGAAAUUAUAGUUUUCGCUAUUUGUUGACGUUUGUCAGCGUUUAAGAGUCAAUCUCACGAAAAAAGCAUUUUCUUAAAAAUUCGUAGUUUUUUUUCCUUCAAUUUUUUUCAGGGCCACAAUUGAUUAACUAACUAACUCUGAAUUUCAUGGUCAUUGAAAAACUGUGACAUUAUCUACUUGGCUGACUUCCGAAUAUGAUAAUUUUGCUACAGUGAGACAGGCCAUCGCGUGACACAUAGAGGUUUAACUCACAAUUUUUAAGCAAUUCUUGUGCUUUUUGUGCCUUUGCAAAAAAAUCAAGAAGUGCUGCACACUAAAUCUACUUACUAUUAAAAAAAUAUCAUUUUUUCAUAGGUUUAAUGCAAGCCAAUAAUUAAACCAACUCGUGACGGGAAUCCCUUCUAUUUUCUUAUACUAAAUUAUCAUAUCUCGGUGAGCAUUCGGAAGUCAGCAAAGCGUGGUCAUUGCACGCGUGCUGAACAAGAAUGCUGUAUAAUGACAGACUAGAAACAAUAGACAACUCCCAAAGCACCAACUCAGCGAAAACGCUAAAAAUCUUCAAUGUUUACUCAAGUUUGCGCUUAUAGAAGGUAAUGUCAUAGUUUUUCAAUGACCAUGAAAUUCAGAGUCCGGGUAGUUAGUUAAUCAAUUGUGGCCCUGAAAAAAAUUUGAAGGAAAAAAAAACUACGAAUUUUUAAGAAAAUGCUUUUUUCGUGAGAUUGACUCUUAAACGCCGACAAACGUCAACAAAUAGCGAAAACUAUAAUUUCUAUAUGUUUGCUUUGCUCGAAAUCGCGCGCAUUUACAAGGCCCUAAAGCGUUUUGCUGACUUCCAAGGACCCAUCUGUUAUAAGGAUGCCCAAAAUACAGAGAUGAAUCUCAUAGUUUAUUAGGUAUAAUCCGUGUAAAGUUUGCUUAUCAUUUUCACAUAAAUUAUGACCUAAAUUUGGAAACCGCUGAAUUUCUCGAAUUGGGUCUUUGCGAUUUUGGUGAAACUCUGUUCAGCGCAAGGCACUAAUGCGCACUAUGUGUAGCCGAGAGAUUUUCACGAAAAAGUGCUGGCAACAGCAGAUUUUCGACUCAGACCUUAAAGGGGCAUGGCAUUAUAACCACGUGACAUUUACUCCGAUUGCCAAAAAUAUUAUGUUAUCUUGUAGAUUGAUCUAUAUGUUAUCCAUUCUAUGUGUUAUACUUACGAUAAAAGUAAAGGUGGGGAUACCAGAGAGCUUCAAAGUAGGAUGGUACCCCCUAAAAAAAACUGGGUCGAGUCACCUUAAUUUCAAUGUCUACAUUGACGUGUCUAACAGAGAAAGAGCUAGGGCGAGAGAUUAAAAGCAAAGGAGACCAAUUUCGUUGGAAGAAAAACACAAAAAAUUUAUAGCGGUGGUGACAAAAAGAGAAAAUGCUAGUUAGCACCGGGGUGAAAAUGAGCGGCAGCGAAAAAAAACAAGUGAACGGAACACAUACAACAUUCUCCCUAUCAAAAGGGUAACUAGGACGUUUCUGGAAAUUUCACUUUGUAGUUGUGCAAAACAACGGUAAAGACAAAUGCAAAAAAAGUAAAAAAAAAUUUGUUUUUGGCUAGUUAAAAAAAUAAGUGUGCUGCAAGUGCAAAGCUUUUUUUUUUUGGUUUUUUUUUUUGCUAAUUAGGAGCGCUUACCAUUUGUAUGGAAAAGCAGGAAUUUCCGGGGAAAAUUCAAAUGCAACAGUUCAUUCCGGUGGAAAUUUUCCGGACAAAAAGUAAUACCUUUCGAGGUAUUCCCUUUUUUCCCAUUUUUACCGAAACAACCGAAAUUUUCUGUACUAUUUGUUUGGAUUACCAGUGCCAGGCUUCAAGUCGAGAGAAAGCGAAAAAGUUAUUUAUUUUUUGUGAAUGGUACAACUCAAUCCCGUUCCUGUUUUUGGUACCAAAAAAAAUACCAGUACCAUUUUACGGAAGCUUUUUACCAAAAUUUCCGCACAAAUGGUAAGCGCUCCUAGACCAACUGAUUUUUUUGGCGGUUUUCGUUGCCUUCGCCUCUUGGCCUUACACUAUUUUAUAUUUUGUUCAGUAAACUGUAGAUAUUAACGAGAGUUUCACUUUCAGCCCUGGCUAAAUCUAAUUAUAUACUGAAUAACUAUACAGGGGCAUUUUGUAAUUGGGCAUCGAGGAAAAUCUUAAUCAACCCUUACUGUUAUUAAGGAUUGAUUUGGUUCUUUUUCUUUCAUACAGGUUGUUUUGAUCUAUCCCCUAGCUUCUGUUCAUCAUUCGCUCAUGGAAAUUUCUGUGUGAAUAGUUUUAACUUCUCUAAAAAAUAUUGCACAAAAACAUGUGGUUUUUGUGGAGGUAUGUAUUAGGGACGCGAAUAUCUUGCCAAAAGCUGACAUUAUAUCUUUAAUUGCUUUUUUUUUUCUUUUUACUCUGUAAACAGAUUCUUUACUGUUCAUUUGUAUUUAAUUGUAUGUAUUUACCUUUUCUCUUUGUUUUACAGCGGGCUGCUUUGAUAGUCAGGUUGUGUGUCCAGAUCUCCCAAAUGGCUUUUGUUCUGCUCAUUUCUAUUGGUCCUGGCAGAAUUGCCGACGGUCGUGUGGUUUCUGUUCAGGUAAACAUUCUACACCGAAGUUUUUGUCAGGUUAGUCAAUUUAUGAUGGCUCCGAAGUUUAGGAUAACAAUAUUAAAACUACUGAUAAUAAUAAUAAUGAUCAUCAUCAUAAUAAUAAUAGUAAUAAUAAUAAUGAUAAUAAUAAUAAUAAUAAUAAUAAUAAUAAUAAUAAUAAUAAUAAUAAUAAUACAGGAACCGCCACGACAAGGUGGCCCAGCAAGUUCACUGGGAGCUACAGGUGUAUAUUCAGAAAGUAUGGGUUACAGUGUAACGGUAAGUGGUAUGACCAUAAACCUCAACCAGUUCCAGAGGAUAGAGAAGUGAGGAUAACUUAAGAUAUGACUAUUUAGUAAAAUUCAACUAGUGGUCUAUCAUUAAUGCUGCGUUCUGAUUGGUUGAGCUAUAAUAGGCUAUAUGUUAUAGCUGACUAGUAGCGAAAAGCGCCGGCUUUUUGGCGGCAAAAAAGUGUAACCUCAACUAGCUAAAGUUAUUUUGUCUCGAUAUUUUUGACCAAGUAGUUGGAUAUUACUAAAACAGUUAUUCCUCUCGCCCUCGUGGCCUCUGAGUCAAUAGCCCAUGAGGCCCAUUCAGGCUCGAGGAAUAAUUGUUAAAUACAACGGAUAAUCGGCUGAAGCGCAAUCGUCCAGAUAUCACUGUAGUACACAAAGACACACAGGAGUGGACAAUUAUCGACAUUGCUGUGCCAGCGGACCAAGAUAUCCUUCUUACUACUUGGGACGAAAAGGUGGAAAGGUAUCAAGACCUCGAUCUCGAAAUUAAAAGAAUCCACAGAGCCAAGAGAGUGACAGUAAUACCCAUCCUAAUUGAUGCACUUGGAACUAUCUCGGGAAAUGCAAAGGCCUGGUAUGGAAGGUUGAGUUUACCAUAUAUCUUUGGAAGCGCACAGUUGUCGAACAUCCUUGGUACUGCCCAUAUCUUGCGGAAAGUGUUAUGUCUCUAAGCUGCAGGAUUGCUGAAUUCCCACAGAAGCAACUGGAGAGGAUCACACCAUAAUAAUAAUAAUAAUAAUAAGAAGAAGAAGAAGAAGAAGAAGAAGAAGAAGAAGAAGAAUGAAAUGAACUUGUCGAAAUUAAGAGUGUGUUUUAAUCGAUAUGAAUUAAGUAUAUGUAAAAAGUAAUUUCACUGGAUAGUCUGGUUGGGUGAUUCCUUAGUAUGCGUAAAAAAAAAAAAAAAAACUAAUAUAGAUUGUAGUUGAAACUUGGUACACUAAUGUAACAAGUCCAGAAGCUGAUAAAAAAAAAGCAAUAAAAAGUGAGGGUCAUCAUGCUCGUUUUCACGUCACAAUGCUGACGAAUACGGCUAUUGAGGACCCUUUGGAGAAAACCGCGCGCAGCCCAAUCCUAGACAAAAAGGAGAGAUUUUUUCUAUGAUGCAUGAUGUAUCGCACAGAAUUUUACUUAAAUGUAUUGUUUAUUGUUAUUGUUUAAUGCCGUUGUUUUUACCUUACGCUUGAAAGUGGACUUAAAUUGAACACGCGCUAGUCAACCCUUUACAGCUCAAUCCAUACGAUUCUGUAGAAUUGCCCAAAAAAAACUGAACAAAAGGUUUUAGUCAAUUUUCCCCCACUGAAAGGAAGCACUCUUCUCAUUAAAAUCAUGAAAUAAAAAAUGGGGGUCACCGUACUUGUUUUUGUGGUAGAGCUGCAGAAAGUGCGCACCAGGACUGGGGCGAGUUUCAAAAUGGGAUGUAUGCGGAAGGGAGAAGAAAGCAUUAAGAAAAUCUGUUUUUACAGAAUUUAUAGCGGAGCUCCUCGCGCGCGCGAAGCGCGAGCAGAGCGGAGCACCAUGGGUAAGAAAAUUUGGUAAACUAUCCAUCUGAGGAAAUUUGGUUAUGACGUAGCGUAUCUAUCAUGUUGAAGCGUAAAUGGUAACUCUCAAUCGCACUGCAAAUUUGGUGCCUGUCAAAAGUGAGCCCCGUCCGGCUGGCCGAAAAGUGAUUUUGGGAAUUUGUUUAUCGUUUUCAUUAAAAGUCCAUAUUACCCUGCAUAUCACAUAGGACCAGAUUUUUCUAACUGAAAGUCCUAGCAUUAUAGAAUUCUCUUCAUGAAAACGUUUUAUAAUUCAAUGCUAUAAUUUCUUGUGCAAAGGAAGGGCGUGCUUUGAUCGUCGUGGAUAUUGAAUGAGUGCAAAUUCUCUUGCAAAAUUGUGAAAAACUGCAGAAUUAUAGGUUUAAAUAGGGCAAAAAAAGAACAAAUUCUGUCCGAGGUCUGUAUGAUAAAAGCAAGGGCCUCAUAGUACUGUUUACCUGAGACGUGAUGAGAAAAAGUAUGUUUAAAAGGCUGGUUUACACACCACCAGAUUCGUCGCCAAGAUUUACUAGUAAACUAAACUUGUCGAACACAAAAAAACCCGGCCUAUUUUUUAUUUUGGCCUCCCUUUUAGACAGAGGAAUGCAACGUGUAAAUUAGCUGCCACCAAGGACUAUCAUGGCGCGUGUGUUUCGUAAAAUUAUAUUUCGGGGUUGUCCAAUUAUCCAUAGUCUCUCAAACGGAGCAAUGUUGGAGAGAGUGGUGAAUGCCACAUUAUGAUGCAACAGCUAAUGCAAAUACAAUACACGAAUAGGUAGGUCUAUUUGUUUUCCAGCCCUAAUCUACUGUGAUCGAACAUGAUUGCUAUUUUUGGGUGUACAAGUAAGACUAUUUAAUAACUCGAUGUAAAAGCUGUUUCACUCUUGGACUGUCAAAUUAUUUUUCUCUAAAAUCACUUAGCCUUUGCCUCAAACGUCAAAUAAAUGUGCCCUGAUCUGUGGAUUACAAGUUUAUUGUUUGAUUUAAAUUAUGAAUUUAUUAACGGGAGCUUCGCUUUUAGCCCUGGCUAAAUCUAUAUAUUAUUGUGUAUCACGGUUAGGACGCAAUGUGAUAAAGAUAGCGCUUGAAUAAAAAUAAAAGUGAGUUAGCACAAGUUUAACAUCCACCAUCGAGGUUCUCGGUGAGGAAGUCGAACUCAUCAAAACCAGUGAAUCAUCUUACGCGAAAUUAAUUUUAAAUAGGAAUUUUUUUUUUGUUUUUUUUGUCAUCAUUGUUCUUAUUAUUAUAAUUACUCUGCUACGCGCGCUACCGUGAACACCAGACCAAACUUUUGACAUUUUUUUGACAUAUUUUUGACAAGUUGGGAUGUCUGAUGUCUGGCAAGUGGCCAAUCACAGUGGAGAACAUCUUGUAACAAGGCGCCGCCGAACAACAACUUGAUCCUGGCGCUACGAAAGAGAGAGUUUUCAGUAAACAGCAUGGCGGCUUAUCAAGUGAAGGUAAAGUACGGCGAAGAAAGGUUUUGCACUUUCUUAAUCAAGGAUAUCACUUUCGCGAAGCUUAUGCAGGAGAUAAAACGCAACUGCUCGCCACUUGCGCGCACUUACCCGCUUCAAACAUUCGUGUACGUUAUCGCGACGAAGAAGGUAAUAUGAUCAAUUUAUGGGACGAUUCAAGUGGCUUUUCUUUUGGAGAAAUGCUGAGGAGUGCCAAAGAAGUAAAAGAACGGGAUUAUAAAAAAAUAUUUCUACAAGCAAGCGAAAUAGAUUCACCGCUACCCCGUAAAAUGAGACGAACCGACCUGGGAAUGCCGAUUUCGGAAGCUGACAAAGAGCCGCUGCCACCGAAGCAUUUGUCUUUCACAACAGACGCCGCGCGUCCCGCAGCAACAACAGGCAACUGCGCUGAAAAAAGUCCUUUGGACUUCCAGCGACAGGAAAUUGAAGAAAAUGUGGAGAUUUUGAAAGUACAAGUUGCUAGCGCCAAAGACGAAUUGGAGAAAUUGAACUGUGAAUCCAGGCACUUUCAGUCUCUAAGUGAAAUUCAAGGCCGGCUGUGUAACAACUGUCAUUGCUGUAGGCAUACAAAAGUGAAGUGUUCAAAAGCUCCUUGCACGGACAUAAACGCAUGUAAAAUAAAGGAAAAGCACCCCGAGCACAAAGCUAAAAUUAGCCAGCUUCAGCGGGAGAUAAGAUCUCUUGAAAACAAGGCCCAAGAAGAGGAAGCCCACCUCAAAGGUUUUACAGCUGCACGUGAACGCGCAAAAUCUUCGUUUUUCUGCGUAAUGAGACCUAGAUUGAAAAAGCAAAACCAAGUUAAAUACUCAAACAGAAGUCGGUUGGACAGAGAUCUUAUAAUUUUACAAAGAGCGAUAAAAAAGGUUCCCGAUUGGUCCGAAGGUGAAGAUUGGAGACUUCCGCUGAUUAUAGAACAGUACGAGAACUCGAAUGUAAACAUUUAUUUGAACGAAUGAACUACUAUUCCAAGCAUUCUAUGACAUUUUUCAUUUUUUGUGUUGCGUUUUUCAUAUUCCCUUUUCAUUUUUUUAAAAGUAACUCGUGUAGGAUGCAAACAAAAAGAAGUGUAAACUUAUUUGAAUGAAGCAUGUUGUACGUUUAUUAGCUUCGUCUGAGAUUUUUAAUCAUAUCAAUUUGUUGGUUAGAAGGUUAGAAGACGUUUUAUUAUUCUCGGUCUCAUUUAGCGUUGAGACUGUAAGAGUCAUUUGUUCCGUUUCAGAUGUUUCUUUCACUAAGAAAUUAGUGGCGAUUAGUUUGAGUUAUGUACUAUCUGCCCUGCUUCAGCGGUCUGUUCAACAAUGCCAACAUUCAACAGUGUUCAACAAAUAACGAAUUGAUUUCGCUGAAAAUAUGUAAGUUGUGUUCAAAGGCAUUACGUACGUUUUUUAACUUCAGUUUUCUGGACGUUAUAAUUACCAACUCCUAACUUAAAAAUAUCCACAGUGCUUGAAAUACGCAUAAGAGUUAUCCGCGGUGAUGUUGAGGAUCGCCUGUGCUAUUGCGAUUUUUGUUUCAUUGACAGCUAGCAUGUUGUGGCGACGUAAAAAAGCUUUUAUCGCAUUAAAGCAAUAUUCGCAAGUAUUAAAAUGCGGUGAGUAAGGUGGCUGAAAUAAUAGUCUUACACCGCAAUCCGCUAACAUGGCCCUGAGCACUGGUUCAACACGAUGGCCGUGGUGAAAGCCACAAUUAUCCAUGAUCACGCAAUCUCCGCGCUCAAGCACUGCACUUCCAUCAGCUCGCUGCUCUUGAAGAACUUCGUCAAAGAAAUUAAGCAUUUCUAACAAAUUAGACGGGCCUUCCAGUAUAUUAUAAAAGUCCACGCCGCAAAAUGAGUGCAACGAGACGGACCAGUGUUUGAAAAUGAGGGGUUCGAUUUAUAGUAAAAUUUGCAUUAGACGCGUAACGCUGUAUUUCAAAAGCAGGCUCUCCGAGUGGAGCACUCCCAUAUUUUCUGUUUCCUGUAGUUUUGAUUACACUGGAUUCAUCAAAGAAGUGCAGGGUCGUUGGGUUGAUGUCAGCUAUUUCGGUGAGAAAAUCAUCAAUUGCCGCUGUUGUCUCAGGGGUUGUGGAUUCAAGUGGAAUGGCAGUAAUUUUCUUUCUUGUCAUCACAAGAUCUUUGCGGAUGACUUUAUUGAUCUGUGAUACGCUAGGUAAAUUAGCGGGAUGGAAAACACCAUCCAAUAAAAGUCUCUGUUGUAUUUCGCUCGAUUAAAUGCUUGGUUUUCUUACUUUCUGUACUUCUAUAUAUUCUAAGGCUGCUUCAUCAAUUUUUGGCCUAGGAUAGUCAACUCUUGCGGCUCUAAGGGAUGUAUUUUGUUCAUUGUAUCGAUCUAUCACUUUCUGCACAAAGCCAGGACUCGAACGAACUUCCCGUGCGAUUUGGCGGUGACCGAAUCCAUCACUGGAUAAAGGUCCAAUACUCGUUCCCUUUGCAUCUCAGAAAGAGGUCUGCCAUUAUCAAAACAUCCACCGUACCUAUUAAAUCUCAGUUGAACAGUAGCUGGCGUAAAAUAGUAAACAUAUCUUUUGUUAGGAGACACUGGCCGUAAUGGUUUCAUCUAUUUAUAGCAAAGGCAAAAAAACGGUGCAAUCUCUACUUACAAACAUUUGUAAACCGAGCGUGUAGCAUUGUAGAAAUUUCAAGAGCCUUCCUUGAUUAGUGUUAUAGUAAUUACAAAGCUUAUAUUAUUCCACAAAAGGUGAACUAAAGGAAAAACGACAGAGUAAGUCAAUUGCUGGUUCACCGCCUAACUUUCCCGCCAAUAUAUCGCCGGUCAUCAAACUUGUCAAAAAUAUGUCAAAAAAAUGUCAAAAGUUUUGUCUGGUGUUCACGGUAGCGCGCGUAGCACAAUAAGAAUGCAAGACUUUCGCGCCAAAAUUCAAGUAAAAAUAAUAAUAAUAAUAAUUACCAUUAUUAUUAUUAUUACUAUUAAUUUUCUAAAUCGUUUGUCAUUUAAUGAACAUAUUGAGAAAGUAUGUAAAAAGUUGGCCUCUUGAAUCGCAAUACUGCGUAAGAUUCGACCCUGUCUACCUCUUAAACAGCGACUUCAGUUUUAUAAUAGCAUUAUUCGCCCUGUUAUGUCUUACGCUAACGUUGUUUGGGCAAAUUGCGAUAAAGAGUCGGUUUAUAGGGUCUUAAGAUUGCAAAAACGUGCGGCACGCGUUAUUUCUUAUGCCGAUCGCAUGACACCAUCAGUUGCUUUGUUUAACAAGCUAGGUUGGAUUCCGUUUUAUGAGCAACACAAGAUAGAUAAAUGCAUAAUAAUGUAUAAGCGAAUUAAUGGGUAUUUGCCGAAUUAUCUAAAUGAACACUUAAUUUUGAAUACUAAGCGGCACUCCCGCAACACUAGAUAUUCAAGCAUUAAUGCUGUUUGUCCUAAAUAUAGAAGAGAAACAGAGGGAGGACGCUCUUUCGCUGUUUCGGCAACAAGACUGUGGAAUAGUACACCAAUUGAAAUUAGGAAACUAGAUUCUGUAGCAUGUUUUAAAAAGAACAUGUUUGCCAAGAUUUUUAAGGAACAACAAUGUUUGCAUCAUUUUAUCAUUUAAUAAUUUUUUUUUUAAAUAUAAAAAUCGAAUCUUGUUUUAUUUUAAAUGUUUAUAUAUUGUAGCUUACAAUAUUUAUUAGAUUGUAAAUAGUUGUGUAUUUUAUGAGAGCCACAAGUUUAUUAGCCUUUGGCUAUUAGGUGCUACCCUCUUUAAAUAAAGGCUCUACUUACUUACUUACUUACUAUCAUAACAGCGGCCAUAUUGGUGUGCCAAAACAACAAGACGGCGGCCAUGUUGAUUCCCCCCCCAAAAAAAAAAAAAAAAAAUGGUUUAUCCUCCUUACUUAUUUUAACAUAAACCUUCUCUAGCUUUAACCUUUCCAUACUUUACAUCUUUCAGCUAAUGCUCAUUCGACGCCCACUGCAGAUGGUUCAACGUUACAACCAAGUACUAACACA